AUGGCGAGCUUACAUCCACUCUUCACCAGCUUCACUUCUCUCCUCCUCCUUCUCCUUCACCUUGGCUGCUUCACCUUCACCUCCAACCACCACCAGCAAUCCAAGAAAAGAAAAUUCUCUCCUCUCUCUCCACACUUCCCUCCCUCCUCUUCUCGUCUCAACAAACUGAAACCCACCAAAGCUCUCUCUUCCUCUUGGUCCUUCCUCAAACGCAUCUUCUCCUCUAAACCCACCACACCCAGCUCCGAAACUCACCUCAAUCGGUCCAUUCCAUCACCAUCGUCCUCCACCAGAUCAUUACAACAAUUUUCCAUUGUCACCCCAUCCGAAAAUCUCGUUUCAAAUCCUGUCCGUAAACGACCCUUUUUAUCUCACCCAGAAUCCGACAUCUCUGCUGAUCAACACUUCUUCCCUCUCCGAAACGACAUCUACCCAUGUCCAACUUGUGGUGAAAUCUUCCAAAAAUCCAAUCUUCUCGAACAACACCAAUCUAUAAAGCACGCCGUCUCUGAGCUCAUCGAUGGUGAUUCGGGUAAGAAUAUUGUCCGGAUCAUAUUCAAAACAGGUUGGCCCGAGAAAGCAAAGAACCCGAUUCUUCAUCGGAUCCUAAAAAUCCAUAUCAGUCCAAAGAUACUGAACAGGUUUGAAGAGUACAGGGAGUGCGUAAAAUCAAAAGCUGCACUAAAUGGCGCCGUUCGGAGACGAGACGAGAGGUGUAUCGCCGACGGUAAUGAGCUCUUGAGGUUUCACUGUGCAACGUUCCUCUGUGGUCUGGGGCAAAAUGGUAAUUCCACCUUAUGUAAUCAUCAGUACUGUUGUGUGUGUGGGAUUAUCAGAAGUGGGUUCUCACCCAAGAUGGACGGAAUUUCUACACUAUCUACUAGCUGGAGGGCACACGUGGCAAUCCCUGAUGAGAUGGAGGAGGAAUUCAAGUUCAUGCACGUGAAGAGAGCCAUGCUCGUGUGCAGAGUCAUAGCAGGUCGGAUCGGUUGUGACCCGGAUAUUGCGGAUAAGGAUGAUCCCGGAUUUGAUUCGUUGGUGGGUGGGGGAGGUGGGGUCCAGGUAAGGUUGGAUGAAGAGGAUGAGUUGUUAGUUUUUAAUCCGAGGGCCGUGCUUCCUUGCUUUGUGAUAGUGUACAAUGUUUGA